CGACACGGAUGUGGAACGUUAACAUGUCAUCGUGAGUUGGAAGACAUUUAUUUCUCAUUUUCAAAACUAAAUAUGUUGUCUUGAUUGAGACUAGAGAAAGUGUUAUUCCACGCGUUGGCUUGUUACACGAUAGGUGAGAAACUGCAACCCAUACGCUGUGUCAGCUGUAUUACAGAUUCAGCGGGCCCGUUGUUGAUGCUGUGUACUGCGCUGUGAGCUCUGGCGGCAAAAGUUCUAGAGAAUGUUGUGUGUCUCGAAAGAUGCCUGCUGUCGAAAAGAAAAUGCGGUUCGGUGUUGAUGACAUUUUCCUGAUACAGUUCAGUGGCAGCUUUGAAACGCUUUGUGUCCGGAUCUGUCGUCAGUGUUGAACAAGCGAAGUGAGUGCCGUUUGAGAAGGUCUCCUGUGAACUUGAGAGCGAUACCCACAUAUGGAUUGUAUCAACUGGAUCACCACUUUCAAGUCUUUUCUUUGUAUCAACAUCUUCAGAAAGCGCCAAAUUCAAUGCAUCAUACUUCUGGUUGUGGUGAUCAUACUAUGUUUCCAGUUUGACGUCAGCAGCACGGUCAAAUAUGUUUACACGUCCUGGGAGAGGUACGACGCCGAUCACACAACACCUAUCGCUUCACAUUUCCCUACGCAGCAGAAGGGGAAGGUCAAGCUGAUCGUGAUAUACUCUGGGAGACGUUGGCAGAACUCGUCGACAUCGAGGAUGAUAAAUCAUGGAAAGUACACCUGCAAGAUGACGUCAAACCUGAAUGCUAUUCCCCACGCCGACGGGGUGUACGUCGACGUUUUUUACCUGAAGUCCGACAAACCGCCCACGCGAUCACACCCAGACCAGGUGUGGGUGUUCUACAACAAAGAACCGGAGGAAAAGAUCCGCAACUAUCAUCGUUGGCAGUCUGAACACUGGAGACACUUCUUCAACUGGACAGUAAGCUACCGUCGAGAUUCAGACAUAUCCAGCCCAUACGGAGUGAUCGUCAAGAAAAGUAAACCUGUGAAAAACUGGCUUCAGAUAGCCAAAUCUAAGAAAAGGUCGGUGGCUUGGAUUGUGAGUAACUGCCACACGGUCGGGAGGAGGGAAGAUUAUGUGAGGAAGUUGAAGGAGCUGGGAGUCCAGGUCGAUAUAUACGGUUAUUGCGGAAAGCUGAAAUUGUUGAAGCAGAAAAAUGCAGAAGCAGAGUGCUUCAAAAAUCAUAGAUUCUAUCUGUCAUUUGAAAGCGUAUUUUGUGAAGAUUACGUCACAGAAAAAUUCUUUAAACUCGUGAAUUUCGACAUCAUGCCGAUCGUCAGAGGAGGUGCAAACUACUCACAACUAUUUCCACCUGAAACAUUCAUCAACACUGCCGAUUUUAAGUCGCCAGAACAGUUAGCAAAAUAUCUGUUGUAUUUAGACAAAAAUAUUACAGCUUAUGCCGAAUUAUUGGAAAGGAAAUCUGGUUACCGAUCUAAACUCAAAAGACCUUGGCCAGAACUUUGUAAACGGUUACACGAACUUUCUUCUUAUAGAAAAAUUUAUCCAGACAUGAAGAGGUGGUUGAAAUGUCGCAAUCCUAGUGGCGCCUGAAGUGUUGGAUCGAAUUAGACCUACUGAAGUAGUACACAUAUUUAAAAUGAAGUGUUGGAUCGAAUUAGACCUACUGAAAUAGUACACAUAUUUAAAAUGAAGUGUUGGAUCGAAUUAGACCUACUGAAAUAGUACACAUAUUUAAAAUGACUGUCCUGAAUGUACUGCCAAUAUUUGUAAUGUAUGUAUAUCAAUUUUAAUUAAUUAUUAAAAUCGCAGACCCUAGUUUCAACACGCAAAAAUGGACACCGAGUUUGGUGAAUCUACAAAUCUAUAACACGUUAAAGGCAUACUGUCACGGAUUUAAGGACCUUAUUUCUCUAAAAAUGGAUAAGAAAUAAAAAUUACAUUAAUUGUUGGAAACCAAAUCUAGUUAUCGCAUCACCUUAACUGAACCAUGAUGGAG